CACACAUCAUCAUGCACUCAAUACGGCGGAGCUGCCAGUCGGCACUGCGAAACUCGCACGGCGUUUCCAGCUAUGCCAAUGGCUCGCGCCGCGCCUUCUCUCGGAGUGUAGCGCGGUCGAAGGGCGGCCUUCCUGUCUUCCUCGAACCCUCCUCCACCGAGCUCUCGUCCCUCCUCGCGAAGAUCAACUCCAAGGUUCUCCUCCCCGAACACCUGUCAAGAGAACAGCAGAAGCUCGUCUAUAAGCAAAAGUCACGCGCAAAGCUCGAGACCGAGCCUGUCGAGGUCACAAUUGGCGACGUCACCCUCCCUCUCGAACACAUCGACCGCAAUGUCAGACCGAGCCGAUGGGAAAGCUUGAAGAAUGUCGUGCGCCAGAGUGAAACGACAGCAGAUUGGGAAAACGUUGUCCGUGUUCUGGAAGGCUUCCACAGCGCUGGCAUUGCCAUCAAGCCAGAAUGGCAGGAGCUGGUUGUGCGAACUCUGAUUGAAAACGGACAUCACAACAUCGUUUUGAAGGCGCUGCAGAGAGUCAAGGCGACCGGGCUGCGAUUGAGCAACUACAACGUCACAAUGAGGGUCCUGAAGGGCGCGCAUGACCGGGCCGCCGAGUCAGAAUGGGAUAGGGAAGAGACAGUCAAAGCACUGCGCUACGCACGACAGAUCGUGGAGUUGAUGGAAGAAGAUGAUCACCACGCCGUCCUGUCCAAGGGUGCAAAGAUGACCCAGACCGACUGGAGGAGCAAGCCCUACGUGAUCGCCGUACCGACCGAGCUGGCAGCCGUCGUGGCGCAGAAGCACGAAGGCGACGUCGAGACCGUCAAGACACUGGCAAACCGUCUCGUCAACGCUCUGAAGCAGGACAAUGCCGCCGUAAGACCCCAGUCCAAAUCCUCCCACGAACCGUUACCAAUCCAAGCCCAGGACUCGAUCGACCGCGUCUCCGCCUUCGGCACAAAGACAGAAGCAGACUUCAAGAACAAGAACGGCCAGACUGACGCCGUCAACGUGUACUGUCAAGGCCUCUUCGAGCUUCUUACAAUCUGGAAUGCACUCAAGACCUCGAGGACUGUAUUAGGCGCGGAGAUGCCGCUUGCGGCUGAGGCUGCUGAGUAUGAGAGCAGGAUCAAGAAGGUUUUGGAUGAGGGUGUUGAGGCUGUGCCUACGCUGCAGAAGAGGGGUGGAGUAGAGCUGAGGAGCCAGUAUCCUGCGUACGUUAGGGAACAGCUGCAGAAGUGCCAGGCAUAGGUUCAGCAUCUUUGGGCCAAGUGUACGAUUUGGGAUGUGUAAAGCGAGUUUGUACAAAUGUAACAUAGAGAGCUGAGCGCGCAUGGUGUAGGGGAUAUUAGCAGCGCAUGGUGUAGUGGAUAUUAGCAGCGCAAUUGCAAACACAUUGCC